AUGACGAAGCUGUACAAAGCAGACACCCGAUGGCUUAUCUACCUUUCGGCGACGGACCAAGGAAUUGUAUUGGGGCUCGCUUCGCUGUUCAUCAGACUAAAGUUGGACUUGUAAAGAUACUACGAAAUUACAAAAUGGAAACUUGCGAGAAAACUCCAAUACCUUACAUAAACAAUCCUAAAGCAAUUCUAUUAGCACCUAUAAGUGGACUAUACUUGAAAAUAGUUAAAAUUAAUCGAACUUAAUUUAAGCUUUUUUAUGACUCUCUACAAAAGGGAUAAUAAAAAAUGCAAAAUGUUUGUUAAUUGCAACAAUAAUAGAAGUUAUUUUCUUCUGAUAAUUAUAAUUCUUUGAUAUUACUUCGCAUAAAUAUCUCAUAUUAAUUGAUUAAUAUUAUAGUUAAAUUGUUUAAUUUUAAGUUUAUGCUGUUAUGUAUGUACACAUCUUAAUAAUUAUUUAUCUCUUAAGAGAUUGUUUUCUUCUUUAUUUUUUUAAGUAAACAUAUUGUUAUAUCAGAUAUUGAAACUAUAAAUACAUAAUUAAAAUAAUUGGAAAUUGAAUGAAAAUAUUUAAUUGGCAUAUAUGCUGAUCAAAAGUCUACAAUUAUAUGUUCAAUAUUGUAUAAUCUCUUAUCAAUAAAAAAUUGGUUUAAAUAUGCCAAUAUAGCACAGAA